ACAGACACUACGGCCUACCAGAACCAGUAACGCACCAUCUCUCUCUUCUCUCUUUUUUGGUAAAAUAUCUCUCUCCUCUCUCUCUCUCUCAUCAAUCACGCGUCUCGUCCAAUGGAAAUCGAAACGACUCCAUUCGCCUGAUAAACACGCACAGAAACGUCAUUCGUCCGGAUGUUAUGCUCUCGCUACUCGAAGGUGUAUUUCUUGGGUUUCUGCGUCGAAUGAUGGGUUGCUUCUUCGGCUGCUUCCGCAUCAGGGACGACACUACUCGUCGCCGCCCUCAGUCUCACCGCCUCGUAUCGCAACCGCCGGCAGCAGUCCCUCCCAAAUCAGGAGAACGUCUCCCAUGUCGAACGCCUCUAUCGGAUCUGCUACUCGAUAAAGAGAAAGAUGGUUUUCCGGAAGUUGAGAACCCACAGUUGGCUACUCCACAGCAGGGCACUGAUGAGAGACUACUCAAGGAUGAGGCCAGGUUUCUCAAAGCUUGUGGCACAUUACCUGAAACUCCAGCAGAAAUUCGAAAAGCACCUGAGAAAUUCACAGACACAUCAACAUAUGAUGCAGAUUUGCAGCCUUCAAAGUUCCACUCGUGGCUUCCCAACACACCCAUUGAGAAACUUAACCUGGAGACACAACCUGAUCUGCCUCCAACUCCUAUCCAACUGAGCGAAGCAUGGGUAAAGGGAUCAGUUUCUUUGGAGCUUUCACCAGAAAGUAUAUCCAACAGCCACAAUUCUGGAAGUAUCUCUGUUCAGGGUAGCAGUGCUGAAAAUUCUUCUUUAACUACAAUGGACAUAGCUGCAAAUGGGCAAAGCAGAAACAAAUAUGUUCGUUUUGAAAGUGACAACGAUGUGAAUUCUUUUUCAUCCGGGAGUUCUUCAACUGGAACUGCUGGCCAAAAUUCAAAGCAAUAUGGAACACCUGGUAAUUACAGCUUGUCAAAGCCUUCACCUUACCCAACCCCAUUAAACCUGACCGAUGGGAUGCAAACUCCUGGGACUGUUUUCCCGUCAUAUAAUCAGAACAUGGAAAAUGCCAAGAAUCCACGAAUCAGAUCUCAGUAUGUGUACUCAGUCCUUAACCCAGUUGAGAGUUUUUCUCAAUGGAAUGUAUUGAAGGAAGAAGACGCUAUUGAGCCUAGUAAUGUAACCACUGAGCCAGAAGAGGGGAUGACAGAAACUUCAGUUGAGAAAGAAUUGAAAGUUGAAUCAAGCUUGUCUUCUUGGCUGAAACCACUACCAACCAAAGAAAAUGACAGUACUCAUCAAUCGGGUUCCAUCUCCUUUGGAAAGGCUCAUAUUGGCAGAACCCCUGCGGAUAGGCCAAUCAUUGGGAUGGUUGCUGCUCACUGGAAUGAAGAAGAACCUUCUCGUAUUUCGCCCAAGUAUUGGGAUGGAAAUGGGAUUCCAAAUUCAACUAACAAGUACAAAGAGGAUCAGAGAGUUAGUUGGCACGCGACGCCUUUUGAGGAGAGGCUGGAAAAAGCGUUGUCUGAUGAGACUUCUGUCCCUCAGAGAAAGCAUAUCAAUGCGGCAGCACCCAUAGUUUUCGAAGAGACUGAGGAAAGUGAUACGGCUCUAUCCCAGCUUCAAUCUUCAAACCAUUCCAACCCAGUGGUCUCAUUUUGAUGAACGAUGCGUGAUAACUUGUCGGUGAGUUUCUGCUGCAAAGUUGUCGGUGUACAUGGGUUUUCGGGACUUUACAUUUGAAAUUGUCACAUGUAGUGCAAUGACUUUUGCAAGAGUUUGUUAAUCAAUGAAACUGAAUGUGGAUUUUGUGCUUUGUGUUGAUGAAGAUUGACAGCAGCAUGAAAGGGCAAUGCAUCACUGGAAAUAAAAUCAAACCUUCAGAGGAUGAACAA